UGAUUUACGAUUAGGAGCUGAAAACACUCCUUAAUGUGCUUCCAUUUUGUUCCUUUAUGCUGUUAUUAUUAUUUGGAUAAUACUUUCUACUGUUUUUGUUAAUGGCCCAAAAGUUUUUUUUUCUUUUAUUUGAUUGGUGAAGAUUCAAGAUCGGAAAGGGGGCAAUUGAGUUUGCAGCCACAUGUUUUUCAAAAUAUCGUAAAAUUUUCAACCUUUUUGCAAUAUUAGUUACUUUGUGAUAUAAACUUUAAUUCAAAUAAUUUUCUUUUUUUUGUUUUUCAUUCAAUUUUGAAUAUUUCAAUUGUCCCAUUUGCAAGAUUAGUAAUUUUGAGCUAUGAACUAACUUUAAUUCAAAUAAUUUGCUUUUUUUUUAUUUUCUUUAUUCAAUUUUUCAUUUCUCCCGUUUACAAGAUUAAUCCUUUAUUCAUUUUGCCUGAAAAUGCUAUGAACUUCGAAUUUGUAGUAGAAGUUAAUUGGGGGGGGGGUGGUUCUGCAAUGGAAUAUCAAAACUUUGAUCUAUCUUUUUAUGCAUUUGCACAUUGUGCUUAGUAUUUCAUUGUUAUUUUUGCUUAUGGUGCUUGGUUUUGGUUUUAGCUCCAGAAUCACAAUGAGAAGGAGUCUGAGUCCAGUGCUACAAAGAGAGAUCCAAAAUCUUGAUAAGGAUGCAGAUUCUCGCAAAUCUGCAAUGAGAGCAUUGAAGUCAUAUGUGAAAGAUUUAGACAUGAAGACAAUUCCUAUCUUUCUUGCACAAGUUUCUGAGACUAAGGAAACUGGUACUUUGUCUGGAGAAUUCACAAUUUCACUGUAUGAGGUUCUUGCUCGAGUUCAUGGAGUGAAGAUUGUUCCCAUGAUAGACAGCAUUAUGCAGUCCAUAGUUCAGACUUUAGCUUCAAGUGCAGGGUCAUUCCCUCUUCAGCAGGCUUGCUCAAAGGUGGUUCCAGCUAUAGCAAGAUAUGGAAUUGACCCCACAACCCCUGAAGAGAAGAAGAGGCAUAUAAUUCACUCUCUUUGUAAGCCUCUCUCUGAUUCUCUCUCUAGUUCUCAAGAGAGUUUGACUUGCGGUGCGGCCCUUUGCUUGAAAGCUCUUGUGGAUUCGGAUAACUGGCGUUUCGCCUCAGAUGAAAUGGUCAACAGGGUUUGCCAGAAUGUUGCUGUGGCGUUGGAGGGAAAGUCCACUCAGACUAAUUCACACAUGGGUCUGGUUAUGGCCCUGGCGAAGCGCAAUGCUUUGAUUGUUGAAGCCUAUGCUAGAUUGCUCAUACAAUCUGGACUGCGAAUACUAAAUGCUGGCGGUGAUGUUUUGGAGGGGAAUUCUCAGAAGCGAUUUGUAGCCAUUCAAAUGAUGAACUUCUUGAUGAAGUGCUUAGAUCCUAGGAGCAUUUUUUCAGAGGUUGAGCAGAUAAUUGAGGUGAUGGAACUGUGUCAGUCAGACAAAAUGGCAUAUGUCAAAGGUGCUGCAUUUGAGGCCUUGCAAAUUGCUAAGAGAAUUGCCAUUGAUAAAAAUGCAAGAUGUGUGAAAAGUCCCGGUUCUGUGACAGGAUCAAAUUUCAGUAGGAAAGACUAUAUGGAGGGAGAAAGUUUUUCUGGUGAUGGAGACCGUUCUCCUACAUCUGUUUCUCCUGAGUCGCGUACCUUAGACUUUUUCCACGGAUAUGAAUCCCUUGUUGAGUCUCCCAUUUCAACAAGUCAGCCUUCCCAGAACUUCUACGAGCGAAGGAGUGUGAAUAGGAAGCUUUGGAGUCAUGAAAAUGGAGGGGUUGAUGUGUCUCUCAAGGAUGGUUUGUUCUCCAAGGCAGGACAGGGAAGUGCCUUGUUGGACCACACUGUGGAUCUUGAGUUUUCUAAUGGAGGGGAUGAUUUGACUGAGGAAUUUGGUGGUUUCCUGCACAGAAGUCCUUGGCAAGGAGUAUCCAGAAGUGCCUGCACAAGUCCCCUAAGAUCACGCCUGGAAGUUAAUGUUGACAGCAUCAAAAUCUUUAAGACUCCUAGGAAGCUUAUUCACUCUCUUCAAGACCCAAAUGAUGAGAGCUCAGAUUAUUCUGAAAAACCAAAUAGAAUGAUCAAGAGUCUAUCAUCAGGCAAUAUUGAGUGGAGCCCAGCAUCUUAUUCUAAUUCUCAAUAUGAUCAGAAUGGCACUGCACAUAAUGCUAAGUAUGAUUCUAAAGAGAAUGGAAGCUUAUAUGGUGAUGUUCAGUUCCAAGGUGGAGCAGAGUCAGUCUCAUCAACAGAUGACCUUCCUGGGGAUGCUGAUAUGCAGAGGCUUGUAGAGAUGGUUCCUGAAAGUAGAUAUGUUACUCAGACGGUUCUCAUUAAAAAGCCACUUCAAAAGAUUAAACGUAAAUUUGUUUGUGGCCUUUCUUUUGUUUUUCUCGCGAUGGCUACUCCUUUACUAUGGAUCAAUAGUCAAGAAGAAGGCCAUUUUCUUGUUCCAACAUAA